UUCUCGUCUCCAGUCGAGGCCACCGUACUGCGUUGUGUGUGACGCCACGAGCAAAAACAAGGACCACAGGCGAGUGAUGAGUAGCUAGCUCCGUUCAACGCAAUAUAUCUUAUCUAAAAAGCUGUUACAAUUGAAAGCAAAAACCCACGCGUGAAACAUCUCGACAAUUAAGAUUUCACCCCCGAUUACAGUGUCUGUAGCACUAGUACCGGAAACGAUAGCACACGAAUGCUACCGCUAAAUAUUAGCUGGCUAGCUGACAGUUCAAAUCGACGUCUCAUAUCAGUAAACAUCGCGUUAGGCUGCUUUUUUUUUUUUUUUUUACCAUUAAUAAUGUUAUUAAUAAAAGCUUAUCCCUGCUCACGAGGAAUACCGACAGCGGAAAAUUGGUGUAUUGUUGAAUAGAAAUUGCUCAACGGUUAUGGCCUUCAGCUUACACUAUGUAGCAGGAUUUUCACAAUACAAUUUAAAAAAACAUCAAACGUCAUUCUCCUGCAUUCAUUCACUAAAGCAAAUAAGCCCUGUGAGUAACAGCUAAUAGACAAGGGAGGCUGAUAGAGUGCAUCAUGUCGGACCUGGACACCCUCAUAGUCACCUUUCAGACCCAGCUUUCAGAUGUGAUGGAGACUGUAGUGAAGACAGCAAUGUUUGAGGUGACCAGGUUGGUGGAAGAUGUGUUUUUGGUGGAGGUGAAGCGCAGGAGCCAGGAGAUAGAGUCCCUGAGGAUGCAGCUGCAGUGGACUGAGAGCAAAUUCAAGGAUCAAGCAGGGAAAGGAGGAGGAAAGACUGGAAGGAGUGUGCACUGUGCAAGGCAUGGUGUGGAACUGUCCACUGACACUGCAGAAGAAAGGCCUAAAGACCAUCAGGACGAACAAGUGAGGGGCCUCAGUGUGAAGACAGAGAGUGACUCUUUUGAAAGAUGGACAGCAAGCUGCAGACUAGAAGUCACAUCAGAGUCGCUACCAGAGGCAGACAGUGCUACAGCUGCACAGAGCCCUGAAAGGGAGUCAGAGGCAGCAGAAGAAAAGGAUGUGAGAUCAGCUGUUGCUACGAAGGAGGAAGAAGUUAGUCAGCCAUCUUGCUCUUCUGUGCAUAUGGGAGGGUGGAACUGUAGUGAUGAAGAGGGACCUGGAUCAGACAACGAGAGUGGGACAGUUGAGGUACAACCCAAACAGACUGAAGAAAACAGUGAGGAAUUAUUGAGAAAUGUUAUGAAGAAAGACCCACAGAUAGCUGCUGGUUAUGGCUUUCCUGAAGACGGGCAGGAAAAAAACCUGUCUACAGAUCGACCGCGUGUUUCAUCUUUGGAAAUAGAUACCAGUUGGGCUGGCUUGACUGUCACAGGCGCUGAGUUGUUGCAGAAUACCAGACUUGGAGCUGAAAAGGAACGUGAUCCAGUCAGAACUAAAGCAGAACAUGAGCUGUCUGAUUCUGUCAGAGCGGACAUUCAGGUUACCCCAGGCAGAGAUAAAAUUUCAUCCUCAGGGUCCCCUAAGGCAAGACUAAAACACAGUGAUGUUUUAGGCCUGACUAUCAAGAAGGAAGUCAUUCUUGAUUCUGAUGGAUGUGAGGAAGGCGAGCAUGUAGAAAAGAAAAUAACAAACUCAGGUAUGUCCUCUUUCUCAUGUUCAGUAAAGCAGCACAAGGUGAGUUCAGAAGCACACAGACUAAACCGCAUUUCUCAAAAAGCCGCUGUGCAAGAGGUUAUGAAACUACAUUCCAAAGCUGGUUCAAGUUUCAGAUUGCAAGCUGCUUUACAGCAUCUCCACCGACCAAUGAAAAAGCCCUCUCACACUCCCUCAAACAGUAAUGCUGCUGCACUGUCUAUAGCUCCCUCUCAAGUUGUAAACUUAAAUAACCUUCAAAGAAUUCCCUCCACAUCCAAAACAUCUCCUGCUGUAUCCUCAAUCCAGCGAGUUCACCUGGGUGACAAACAGACGUCGACCCUUAACCGAAGUGGAGACUCCUGGGUCAGCAACAGAUCCCAGCUACAUCCUGCAAACUCUCAUCACGUCAGUCCCGGUACCCAUCCAGACUCUCAGUCUCACACCGCUCCUAGGCACCUCCUGCGCUGUGGGCAGUGUGGGAAGUGCUUCCCCCACCCCAGUAACCUGAAGGCCCACCUCCAGACUCACACAGGUGAGCGGCCUUUCUGCUGUUCGCUCUGUGGCCGGAGUUUCACCAAGCUGAGCAACCUUAAAGCGCACCGUCGCGUCCACACUGGAGAGAGACCAUACUGCUGCUUGGCCUGUGGCAAACGCUUUACCCAGAAAUGUAAUCUCAAACGCCACCAGAGGAUCCACCUUGAUGUAUGUUGAUAGACAUCCAACAUAUAUGAGGAAAGGACAACUUAAAUAUGUGUAUUUCUUUAAGAUGCUACAGAGCUAUGUUGUGUUGCAGUACAGUCUGUGUGAGGCUUUGCCGGCCUUCUUUUUGUAUAUUUAUCUUUUAAAGUGAUUGUCCUGAAUAAUUCUGUGCAUUCCAGAAAGGUUAAUCUAAUAACAUAUAAAAAUUUUUUAAUGUUACUAAAGGAUGAAAAACAAGAAUGUGUCGUGUCGUUUACCGUGUGCAAAGAUAGGUCGGUUGAUACAUUUGGUCAGUAAAAGACUGUGAAUAUGCAUAUUAUCGUGUUGUGCCAACUGCAGUGUGCCUGUGAGCACACAAGCACUUGUCAGCCAUGGAUCAGAGCCUACAUUUAUCAGCUGUAACAUUUAUUCAAACUGGUAAGCCUAGCUCUAAAAAAACUUAAAAAAGUAUUUUCCUUUGCAAAAUACUACAAAUUUAAACAGAUAUCCACAUAACACUGAAAUUGGUUAAGGUGCAGUAGUUAAUGUCUGCAACAGCAACUUAUCUUGCUAUACCUCUCCUUAUGCCAACUUUGUAUUAAAAAGAAAUUACUGGUCGCUGAUUGAUGUUUAUUGAUCGGUGCUUAAGUUUUGUUUUUAAUAAGGAAAAUUACAUCAUAAAGAAAAAGCUUAUGACUGCUCCCUUAUUUGUAAGGAGCUGCUGCAGCAGAUGGAGCCACAUAUUUGAUUUGGCACUGAGUUUUAAGCUGGAUGCUCUUCCUGACGCAACCCUCCCAGGGAUUUGUGUCUGCUCUCGGGGAUUUGUGCCUCCUCCCAGUCUUGUACCGGGGAUGUUUCAUGUUGAGGGAAUAUGUUAACAACGCUGCCCUAUUGAUUGCAUCAUAAAGUAAGAAAAGUUGCGAUUGCCAUAAUCUAGAAGAACAUCCAUUUAAUUAAUUUUUAGCAUAUAAUUUUUUAAUACAACAGUUUAUUGCCUGCAGAGUAAGCUGAUAAAUGGUUCCAAGUUGUUCUUUACAACUUGUUUCUUUGGUGUUUUACUAUGAAUUUUAAUAAAUAUAGGCCCAAAUCAUUUGACCUAAGAAUCCUCCCUCCGGUAACGAAACAGUUUUAAUGUAGAUGCAUCCUUUUUUUUAAUCAUAAAAUUGUACAAUGAUCGAUGAUCUGAUUGGAUUUAUUUCAAGAUGCAAAGAUUUCUUUACCAAUGUCAAGUGCUUCUUUUGAAAAAUUAUGUAUCAUAAGUGAUGACUACAUUCAUAUUUAAAUAUUCAUUAAUCGUAUCUGUUUAAGUAAAAAAAAAAAAAAAGCCUUAAAAUAACCCUGAUAUUAAGGUUUUAAACAAUAUUGCAGUAUCUUAAUUGAACACUUGGUGUCAUCCUUUCACCAAACUUAUUGUGGCAACAAGGACCUUGGCAGAGAUUUUUUUUUUGAGGAUUUCGUAUCCUCUUGUCUUGCUUCUAAUGUAAUAAUGGAAUAUAGAGGUGCUCUCAAAGAAAACCCCUCCAUUAGAGUAACAAUCCGUAGUAACAAGUGUCUGUAAGCACUGUUUUAGCUGAUCUGUGUGCCCAGACCUGUGUGUGUUACAUAUCUUACACUCAGGAUUAGGCUUGAUGUGUUGUAUCUGUAAAGUCAGAGCAGCACUGUGCAGGUGGUACAACCGAUAACAUUUUAAUCUUAUUUUCAAGGUGAGGAAAAAGCUAGCAGAGGCUGAUCUCUUUCUCUGUGUGUACAUGUAUGCGUGUGUGUGGAGAGAGAAAAUGUGGAUUAAAGCAGUGCUUCUGUCUACAGAUGGUAUCUUUCCUUUUUGAUGUUUGAACCCAAUAACAAGAGAAGUUAUCUGUGAGGUGUAAUUAAGAAAUACCUACUUAGCUGAAUCUGCAGUGAGCAUAGUAGAUAGUCCUUGCUGUUUGCGGGGGUUUGUGAAACUAGUCUGUUUAAUGUGUGCGGUGCUCAGUAUACGUAAAUAUUACUGUAUGCAUCGUGCAAACAUUUACCUCCUGCCUGUGCAUUUCAAACACUCUUGUAUGAGUCAUCGUUUUGUUUUAAUUCCAUCGCUGAAGCGGUUUUUCUGAAGAUGUUUAUUUGGUAAAAAUAAAAAAAGCAAACACAAAAAAGACCAAACCACAAUUAUACUUUCAUUUUCCCUUUCCUGCUCUCUUUUGCACUUUGAUUUGAACACGUUUCCCUUUCUUCUGAGACUCUUUCUGGCCUGUCAGGGAAUCAUAAGCCUCACUAAGUCGGGAGCCUUAUGAAGAAUAGGAAGCUGUUUUUUUGUGUGCAGGUUGGUCUUUCUGACUUUUUCUUUGGCGACAUCAGAAAGCCACUUCAAGCUGGGAUGCUGUUAAGCUUGAUUUGGCUUAAAAAAGAAAA